AAAAAACUGGAGGAGGAAAAGCAAGAGUGUUUUUUCAAGGCCCGAUCUUAAAAAGAGAAGGCAAAAAAAAAAAAAAACAAAAAAAAAAAGUAGAAAAUGUCAAUUAAAAGAAAGAAAUAAAAGUAGAGAGCUUCACAUCAGACAGCAAAUAAGCUUUUGUUACUCUGUGACAAAUGGAGGGUCCUUAGUCCUCUUUUCCCCCAAAUUUUUCCUCUCUCUCUACUCUCUCUCUGCCUUCCCUAUCCGAGUCUCCGUCUGUCUCUCUUUCGGUCUCUUCUCCGGGGAACAACUCUUUGGUAAUCGAUCUUCCGAUCAACGAUUCCGGUUAAUCUAAAGGUAAUUAACUGGGAGGAAAUUCCGAGCUUUCGUAAUUGGUAAAUUCCGAUGACUCCGCCACUGCUUGGUGGUGUAGAGGAGGUUGCCAGCAGUGCUUCCCUGCUGGCUUCUUCAACCUCCGUAGAGAGCGUAUGUGAAAACGGGUCUGCUGAGCUCAAAGAGCGCAACUACAUGGGGUUGUCUGAUUCUUCUUCAUCUGGGGAUAGCUCGGCAAUCUCUGCCGUCACUGGUGAGAGCAAGACUAGUCUGAAUCUUAAGGCGACCGAGCUUCGGCUUGGAUUACCAGGAUCUCAAUCUCCUGAAAGGAAUUCCGAUCUUUGCUUAUUUGCCUCUACUCAACUUGACGAGAAGCCCCUCUUCCCCUUGCAUCCGGUGAACGAUAAUCAUGGAUCUUCCAUGCCCAAGAAUUUGCUUUUGGGGAAUAAAAGAGGGUUCUCUGAUGCAAUGGAUGGCUUCUCAGAGGAUAAAUUUACUUCUGAUUCGGAGGUAAAUGCUAUGCUGUCCCCGAGAUCAUCUCAGAACUUGGGACUGAAACCGGGUUCAAUUCUGGAGAACCUGUCUUCUCAGCCAGCCAAGGCAAAAGAAGUAGUAGGGCAAAAGCCUGCACAGGAGAGGCCCCUUGUCUCGAACGACCCGAGAGCAAACAACAGGAGCUCAGCAAACAAUAGCUCUGCACCUGCUACUAAGGCACAAGUUGUGGGUUGGCCGCCCAUCAGGUCGUUUAGGAAGAAUUCACUUGCUACCUUGUCUAAGAAUACUGAAGAAGUAGAUGGAAAGGCGGGUGCUAGUGCCCUGUAUGUCAAAAUCAGCAUGGACGGGGCCCCAUAUCUCAGGAAAGUUGACCUGAGGAACUACUCUGCAUAUAAGGAACUCUCUUUGGCUCUCGAGAAGAUGUUCAGCUGUUUUACUAUAGGUCAAUGUGGAUCCCAUGGAACUUCAGGAAGGGAGAUGCUGACUGAAAGCAAGUUGAAGGAUCUUCUCCAUGGUUCAGAAUAUGUUCUCACCUACGAGGAUAAAGAUGGAGACUGGAUGCUUGUUGGUGAUGUUCCGUGGGAGUAAGUGUUAAUCUGCUUUAGAUACUUGUCCUUCGUGUGGCUAAAUGAACAAAUAUCAUUGGAUACUUCAUCCUGUUAAUGGUAUCUAAUUGCUCAUCUUCCUACGGCUGUGCGGUAUUGAAGUGCCUAAUAAUUUAAAGUACUGAAUUGGUGACUCUUUCGAAUAGAAAUACAAGUAUUUAAAUGCUGGGGGACGUGUGUGGAAGUAAUGUUAUAAUCAUUUUGUUUCUGAUGAUAAUUAUUCUUUACAAAUCUACUACUUGUUGUAUGAAGACACUAGGAGACCUUUUUGCUAAACUGUCAGCACCAGAAAUAUCGUGCGGAGUAUAUCUAUGCAUGAAUGGCUUCUAGGAGAUUUUUGGAUUUCAUUCUUUCUGAAUAGAGAUGACUAUUAAGCAAGUGUAGCAAGGACAGGUGGUAGAAGAACGAGCGAAGCGGUUCAAGUAAAAUACCCAAACUUGUUUGGUUUGGGUACCACCCUACCCAAUUAACUAAGUUUGGGUAAAUACUCUACCCUAUAUGGACCUGCUGGGGUGGGUAUCCAUGGGUUUGGGUACAACUGUCCUGUCCUCCAUACUCAGAGAUUGUUGUUACAUAUUCCUGAAUCUUCAUUAUACUACAAUAGCAGUUAGACUACCCCGAUCUCCAGAGCAACAGUCAAUGUUGAGCAAAUAGCUAUUUGUUUUACAUGUUAGAUUUUCAGUUUGUGUUUCUGUAAGAGGUUGUGUACUUGAAUCAUGUGCGUCUAUUUGGUGAUUAGAAUGCAAGGACUGCUGGAACAAAAAAGUAACUCUCGUCUUUGUUUUCCUUGUUCUCUAUUAAGUUUGUAUUGUUUUAUAUUUGCUUUAGUAAUCAUAUAUUCUCACUUUGAUACUUUUGAGUAAUCACGGUUGUUAUCGCAACCUGGUCUUCCUCUCUUUCUUCAUGUCUACUACUUGUGGGAACUUAAUGCUCGACAUUUUCUAAUCAGUUACUCUUUAAUCUUUAGGAUGUUUAUUGAGACUUGCAAGAGGAUGAGGAUCAUGAAGGGUUCUGACGCCAUUGGCUUAGCCCCGCGGGCAGUAGAGAAGUCGAGGAACAAGGACUAGCCAGUGAAAGUGGGGGAGACAGGAAGAAGAAGAAGAGGGUGUUGGGGAUUGGAUGGAUGGUCAUGCGGGUAAUACCCUUUUUUCUAAAGCUUCCUGUUAGCAGUGGGUUUAUUCAUUUUAACUCCGUGUUGAUUGUCAAGUUAAUGAGAGGAAAAAAUGGAGAGAGAAGUGGGUGUUUGUCUGUUGUAGUCGUGUUCUUCUGUGCUGUGCUGUUAAUUAAGAAGCCUUGCUUAAAAUUUGUAAUUUGUGAGGGAGCAAUUCUAUUAUAUGGAGUGUGUUUUCAAAAGAAAAGAAAAAAAAAAGAGAGUAGUAGUUUGAUGAAUGAAGGGAUGAAGUAAAUCUGUUGGUUGCAAUGCAUAGGAUCCCUUACUGACUUAUGCGUGUUGGGUUUGCUUAAAAUGGCUUUGGAAACCCCAACCCGCCGGAUGAGUGCUUUGCUUUGCUUGUAAGAAGAGAUGAUUAUUAUUACUUUCUUAAUGAAUGCUGCCAAUUGCGAAUGGGGGCAGCGUCGUAAGCAAGAGAUAAGGUUGUCGGGUGACAAAAGAACAUAACGGGAGAGGUGCAUGUGAUGAUGGAUGGGCAGUGUUGUAGAUUUGUAUCGUAGUUGAAAACUGAAAUGAUAUAUAUGAAUAUGAUGGUGCCUGGGCGAGGUGAGGGAUCUUUUCUUGUCCCUCUAUUAUUGGUUGGUGGUUACUUAUUGCUGCCGAUGCGUGCAAUGCAUGCAUGAUUCCAUUGGCCGUUUAUAGGGCGGGCCAGACUAUGGCAGAAGUUUAUUGGUG